CGAGUCUUGUCCACGUAUUGACUGGUUGCCAUGGAAACGGCUUCCCACAGGCCGCAAGGUAGCGUGGCUUCACACCUCAGUGUCACAUGUUUGUUGAAAAUGGAGAUUUAGUGAACUGACUGAAGUGAUGAAAACUGGUAGCAUCCGUGUUAGAUCAGCGUGUCCAUUGUGAACGCGUUAUAUUCCCAUAGUUUUAAAUGCAUCCAAAUAUAAAGUACUACGCCUCCUCCGUUCAUGCAGAGGAUGAAUGGUGUGUGGAAAUUAACACAGUUUAACCACAAAGAACAGAAGAGAGAUAUUGCUGCUAGAAAUUACCAGGAAGAGAUGACAGAUUUUCAUUUAAGCCGUUGUUAUGAACCCAGUAUAUCAGCUACGAAGAAUAGGAAGAUGUCACGCAGCGAUUUAGCGUUUCAAAAAUUAAAGAAGUACGAAGUAAAAUAUAAAACUAACCGAAAUUUGACAUCUGUACUGACAAACAGUGAGUCGGUGGAAGCAAACAGUGAGUCUCAUAUAGAACAAUACAAAUCUGUUAUACCUGUGUACAUCGGCCCAAGAGGCAGACAACAGGAUUUGACAACAUACUUUGAGGCAUCAAAACAUUGUCUUCAGAAGGCCGAAGAGACUGGCGAUCGAGCAUCAUUGAAAACCGGUAAUGUCACAUCAUCUCAUACACGUCCACGUAACAGAACACUUAUUAUUGACCUUAAAGUUGAUGAUGACGUGGUUUAUUCAGAUGACUCGAAAACUGAGUUGAUUACCAAUUCUUUUCCAAACGCCUGUCGGGACAGAAAUACUAUUUCACGGAAGAAGCAAUCUGAUGCCGAAAAGGUAACUGCUCAGAAAAAUGAGACCUUGCCUCCUCCUUUGAAGAUAUCAGUAAACAACAAACCUAGUGCGUCUGAUACAUCUGUUUCUAUUGACAAUUUAUGCAGGAAUAUAGCGCCAAAUGAUAAUCCCACAGAUUCAGGUGAUCAUACACAUAUUAACUCCACCUCAGCAGUUGAUAAAACAUCUGUCUGCUCCAAGAACAUGAAUGAAAUUAAAAAAGUUGACUUAUACCUAACAGACAAAAUGAAAGAAGUGCAGGAACUGUCUCAGUCAGUAGAAUAUUGUCAAAAGCAAAACAAAAAUGAAUCAUUAGAACAAAUAAAUUGUGAUCUCUUGAGCAACAAAGAGAAACUAUCUGUAGAGCCAGAGACUGUAAGAACUGAAAUAUUUGAAAGUAACUCUGAGAUCACAAGUUAUGAAGUUCCUGAUAUUUCCAGUUCUUUUCAUAUAGAUAUUAGAGAAUCUUUACACCUGGACUCAGUGGUAACUCCAGAGUCUUCCGUUACCGCAGGUGAUGGUGUACCACAGAAUACAGACGAUAAAAAUGUCGCUGCUCCGGCAUCAAACAGUGUAACAGAUGGUCAUUUGCACAGUGCAAUCUCAGCAUUGUGCUCCAAAUGUAAAAAAAGUUUUAAAAAACAGUGUAAGACUCAAGCAGAUAAGACUUACUGUAAUUGCAAUAGCAAAUCAACACAGACAAAUAUCAACUUGGACUUUGUACAUCACAUAAACAAUAUUCAUCUUUCUAACACAACUGCAGAGAAAGAUGUGCUGUUAUCACCGUAUAGUUUAUUUGUUUACCAUUACUUGCUUCAUGGGUAUUCAGAAGGUCCCAUCAAGAAGGAUCCUGAUCCUGCAGUUAGCUUCCUGGAUAAAAGUUUAAUGGAACAAGUCAAUAUAACACAAUAUUUGAUUAACAGCCAUCACACUGUGUAUAAUGCAUAUUGUACAGCUGUAAGAAACUUAUCAAAAAAUUAUCAACCUGUUACACUUGAAAACACAAUGCAGUUUAUAAAGCACAGCAAGAAGAAGAAAAGGAAAAAAAAUGGCUUCUCCACGAAGUGAAACUCAUUUUUUACUGUGUAUAUUUGUUGACGUCAGUAUUGACAUUUUUUUGUAACCUAAUGGCAAUAUUAAAAAUGUAUCCAUACAAGUAA